AUGAAAUUUGAGCUGGUCUUCAUACCAGCUCCUGGAAUCAGUCAUCUAAGAUCAUCAGUAGAGAUUGCGAAGCUACUAGUGGAUCGCGAAACCCGCCUCUCUAUCACCGUCAUAAUCCUCUUACGUGGCGGAAGCGGAGCCGGUGAUUCCGCUUACCUGGCAGCUCUCUCGGCCUCAUCCAACGACCGUCUCCGCUACGAAUUGAUCUCCGGCGAAAGUCACCAACCAACCGCCUCGCAGAUGCCUCAGGUUCAUAUCGAGAACCAGAAGCCAAAGGUGAGGCUAGCCGUUGCGAAACUCGUCCACGACUACUCGAUGGUACGGGACUCACCGCGGAUAGUUGGCUUAGUCAUGGACAUGUUCUGUGUCUCGAUGAUUGACGUGGCGAACGAGUUUUGCGUUCCGAGUUAUCUAUUUUACACCUCGAACGCUGGGAUUCUCGCACUCAAACUUCACGUCCAUACCCUGUACGGUGACGAGGACAAAUACGGUCUGAACGAAACAGUGUUUGAAGACUCAGAGGGUGAGUUGAGCGUUCCGAGUUUGACUCGUCCUUAUCCGGUAAAGAGUCUUCCUCACUUUUUAGCAUCGAAAGACUUGCUACCGAUUAUUGAGAGAUUGAGAGAGGUUAAGGGUAUUUUGGUAAAUACUGUUAAUGAGCUUGAACCUUAUGCGUUGAAGUUUCUCUCCAGUGGUGAUACUCCUCGUGUUUAUCCGGUGGGACCAAUGUUGCAUCUCGAGAACCAAGUCGACCAGAAGCCAUCGGAGAUUUUUGAAUGGCUUGACGAGCAACCGGAGAAAUCGGUAGUGUUCCUCUGUUUCGGGAGCAUGGGAGGUUUCAGUGAGGAGCAAGCAAGAGAAAUCGCCGUUGCGCUCGAUCGAAGCGGCCACCGUUUCCUCUGGGCGGUCCGUCGCGCAUCUCCGGGUACAAAGUCUCCCGGAGAAUUCACGAAUCUGGAGGAGAUUCUCCCGAAAGGAUUCUUUGAUCGGACUAAGGAGAGAGGGAAAGUUAUCGGAUGGGCUCCACAGGUGGCCGUGCUGGCGAAUCCGGCGAUCGGAGGUUUUGUCACUCAUUGCGGAUGGAAUUCGACGUUAGAAAGCCUCUGGUACGGUGUUCCCACGGCGGCGUGGCCGUUAUAUGCAGAGCAGAAGUUUAACGCGUUCCUGAUGGUGGAGGAGCUUGGAUUGGCGGUGGAGAUAAAGAAGCAUUGGAGAGGCGAUCUUUUGGCCGGAACGGCGAUGGAUACGGUGACGGCCGAGGAGAUUGAGAGAGGAAUUAGGUGUUUGAUGGAGCAGCAGAGUGACGUGAGGAAGAGAGUGAAGGAAAUGAGCGACAAGUGCCACGUGGCUUUGAUGGAUGGUGGUUCGUCCAGGGUUGCGUUGAAAAAGUUUAUCGAAGACGUUAUGAAGAAUUCAGCGGAUAGGGAAUUGGAGCAUGUUGGCUCUUGA